ACCAUGAUUUAUAUCUCUGAUAUUAUUCUCCCAAGUACAAUGCGGUCACCAUGUUGCAGAUGUUUUUGAGUCAAGUUUAUGCAAUUGCUUUUCAAGCUUUUGGUAGAUAGAUUUCAACAAUAGUAGAUCUAUAAUUGUAGUCAUAGUGCCAUGCUAAUUAAAAUAAUUGCUAGGUUACUCAGCAUAUUAAAAUUUACUAAUUAUUUUCACGUAAAAGUGCUCAUAUGAUGAUGAUUGCUGGUUUAAAUGUAAAUGAGUAAUUCAUUCAAUACUUAUUAAUUUUCAAAUACAUUUUCACCUUAAUGGGGAACUUAAAUAGUUCGUUAGUACUUCAAGCUAAUAUUAUCUGUAUAUUUUUUUGCCUAGAUUUGGAACUAUACAAUAUGCUCAUAACAUAGCUGAAACAUUGAGAAUUAUUAGCAGGACAUAAUGAAUAUAACCAACUCCUUUCACAAAAAAUGUCAAACAAUUGUUCAAAUAAUGUUAGUCCUAAUAUCACAACAUUCUUCGCUCACAUAUCGACAGCCGAAGCAGUUGCAGUUGGUUUUGAAGGAUUGACGACAUUGCUUCUCAUUUUCAUAUUCCUAAACGAUUGUUUUCAUUUUAAACGUGAAUCAUCAACCUCAUCAAGACUGCAAAGUAUUCUUAUUAUACAGCUUUCAUAUGUAGCAUAUUCAACCAGCUCAUUCCUGGCAAUCAUUUCACCGAGAUCAAGUACUUUAGCAGAACUUGCCUUCAUUGUAUAUUUUUCUUUCACAUUAAAAGAACUUAUGAGUUUGAUGCUUCAUUACCUCGGGGGUGCAGACUAUGCAGUUGGACAUCUUGGAGGACUCCAAGCCCGAAUCUCUGUCACUCCAUUUGCUUGCAUGUGCUCUUACUGCUGUCCGAAGGUUUAUUUCAAUAAGAAAUUUGUCAUGUUCAUCAAAAUAGGAGUUUAUCAAAGUGCUAUACUGCAUCCAAUAUUUGACUUCAUAUCUGCUUUUCUGUGGACAAAUGGACUCUAUUUGGAUAGUGAUUUAUCAUUAACCAGUCCAUCGUUGUAUUUUGUGAUCGUGGAAAAAGUCAGCAUUCUGAUAGCCAUGUAUGCGAUCACCUCGUUAUAUUGGACUGCAAGAAAGGAAUUGGAUCCUCAUCAUAUCAAUGGGAAGUUUCUCACUGUCCAGGCAUUGAUGGUAAUAUCUGGAUUCCAAGAAUUUGCUUUCAACAUUCUAACAAAAUUUGGUUUAAUUCAAUGUAAAGGAAUACUCAAUGCUGCUGAUAGAGCUGCAGUUCUUCAUCAUUUCGCUGUUGUACCCGAAAUGCUGAUUCUUUACGUCAUCUCAUGUUAUUUUCAUCGCCAGCCACUGGGAGAAGAAUUUGAAAUUCCAAGUCAACGAAGCACGAGCCUACUUACUACAAAUCAUGCAUCAUAUGAUUCUACAUCAGAUGGAGAGACGGAUCCUCUAUUGGAUCCCCCUGUAUGUAAUGGAAAUUAUAAUGUACAAGUACAACCCAGGGGAACGAAUCAGCUAAAGAUACAGAGCAUUUGAUUCAUAUUUGUGAUGGUUUGUACUGUUAACCGGUUAACAAGCUGUGGUCCGUGGGCUAAAUACGGCCCACAAAAUUUUUUUUGUGGCCGUCGAACUACCUCAUUUUCAACACGUGGCCCCGUGGUACAUGAAGUCUUCAGACCACUGCUAUAGAUCAAGAAAUUUGGAAAGCUCAUAAUAUGGAAGUGUACUCGCACACCUUGACACAUGGUACAUUAAAGUGACUAUAUUUUUUAUAUUAGUGUUUUCAUGAUUUCUGCUUUGAGAUUUUUUGCUGCUGCCAUGACAUUUAUUUUUGGAUUAAUCAUAUGUCAAUUCCCUUUCAUAUUCUGGUUGUGAGUGAUACCAAUGUGGGAUUUUAGUGUUACUCAAAGCACAUUAAGGCGUACAUCCUCCAUCAUUAAGACAACGUGUUUCCGAUAUGAAAAUUUUUGUGUCAGCAUUUGUUUUUCGCUUAAUCAUAGGGAUAUCAACGCCUCUCAUUUUCUAGUUAUGUCUUGAACCUGCAUUUCAAAUUUUCAGAGAUGUUGCUUCGUUCCAAUUGACUUAAUACAACAACUUGCAAUGAGUCGUACACUGCAAUAGGAAAUAAGUUUUGAAGUAUAAUCUCAUUUCAGGAAAUGUUUUUUGUAGGGUGUCCUAAAUUUGGAUGGCAUUUAUGCAUAUAGCAUCCUUUCAAUUGUGAUCACCAAUGUAGGAUUUCAUUUGUAAAAAUCAGGUUUCGGAGUUUCUUCACAGAAAUUUUUUCUUUUUUCUAGUGUAAAUGCUAAGUGUUAAUUUCAAUUAAUCAAUUUUAUGCAGUUUUUAAUAUGAAAAUCCUGUUGCCAUGCCACAAUUGACAGAAUACAAGCCUUUUGUGCUGUCUGAAUUUUUGAUGAUAAACCACAUCAUAUUCUCCUUUGGCAGUCAAUCAAGCCUGGAAUAUGAUUCCAAAUGAGAAUGUCUGCCAUCUGAUCUUCACAGCGUCAUCCUAAUGAAUUAUUCAACAAAUUGCUCUGAGUUGCUUCUAUUGUUUGCCAUUGGAAAUGUCAUUCCCAACGAUUCAUGAGAUCUGUCCUGAUUACAGUCUGAUUUUGUCAGAGAAAUCGUGCCAUAACCUACGAUUAUGCAGUGCGUUAUAAUGCAAAUAUGACCGUCUAUUAUCAGAUAAUUUAAUUCGAAGCAAAUGUAAAACUUCAUUUUUACUUCUGCACACAGGACAUAUAUACUACCUUUCGCAAGGAUUGCAAAUUUGGUGUUCCAAUUUCAGUCUAUUUUUUAUUCAUUCGUGUACAUAUUAUUAUCUGUUCUGUAUUGAUACUUUGAUAUCAUAAUCCUUACAAUAUGCUUUUAAUACUGAAUCAUGUUUUUAUAAUUAUUAUGUUUAGCAAUUUUUUUAAUUGAAAAAUAGGAUAUAUUUCUGUCUAAUGAGUCUCACAAUUGUUAAUAAGAGCUUAUUUUUAGCGAUAUUCCUAUUUCCUUUGUGCCUUGCUGUACAUAAAAUUUAUAUAGUGCUUUUUGUGUGUCUGCUAUUACCCUUCUAGCAUGUGUUAUUGCCUUUAAGCAGUGUUUUCUCCUAUUAUUCCUGAGUGCCUCACAUUUCAGUUUUAAUUAACAGUGCUCUUAAUUUUGUAUUUAGCAAAAAAGUGCCGCCGUCAUUUUUACAUAUAUUCACUGUGCUAUAUAUGUACUAAUCAUUAAUUCUAUUUCACCGUGCAAUGCACUUAUCAUUCUCACAUAGUAGCAAUUGUAUGCAAUUUAUUAGAAAAUGAUUUUAUUUUAAUUCUAUUUGUUUACGGGCAGCAUUAUGCAAUGUAUGUUCAUUGCCCGAGGUACUAGGCUAUUAGAGUCCAUAUCUGAUUCUAUUUUUGCCCCACAUUCUGACUCGAGAGUCAUCUACCGAAAACUUCUGAUUUUCUCAUUUUUAAUAUUAUCGAUGUAUUAUGUAUUUCCGGUUUGGCGAAAAAUAAAUUCUUUCCUUCUCUCUGCUCUAAACAUUAAAAUGAAAUCACCCACAAAAUGAA